AUGGGCAUGAAUGCCUCCCUGGUGACAGAGUUCAUCCGCGUGGGCUUCUCCCACCUGGCCCACCUACAGGGCUGGCUCUUCGUCCUCUUCCUCGGUGUCUAUGUGCUCACCGUGGCCAGCAACCUGCUCAUAGUGGUCGUGGUGUCGGCCGACAUGGCCCUGCAGUCCCCAAUGUACUUUUUCCUACACGCUCUGGAAAUCGGCUACAUGUUGGUCACCCUGCCCCUGCUGCUCAGCUGCCUCCUCACCAGCCACCACGGCCCCCACAUGGGCUGUGCUCUCCAGAUGUUCUUCUUCCUCUUCUUUGGGGCCACAGAGUGCGGUCUCCUGGUGGCCAUGGCCUAUGACCACUAUGCAAUCAUCUGCAAACUCCUUCACUACCGACUCCUGCUGAGCCACUGAGUGUGCCUCCGGCUGGCGGGGGCCAUAUGGGACUGUGGAGUGAUGCUGGGCCUGGGCCACACGUCCUUCAUCUUGUCCUUGCCAUUCUGCAGCCCCAAUGCCAUCGCACACUUCUUCUGUAAGAUCCAGCCCAUCCUGCAGCUGGCAUGCAGAGACACCUCGCUCAAUGAGCUGCGGAUUAUCCUCACCGCUACUCUCCUCAUCCUCUGCCCCUUUGGCCUCAUCCUGGGCUCCUAUGGGCAGAUCUUGGCUACGACCCGCUGGGUGCCAUCCGCUGCCGGACGUCGAAAGGUCUUCACCACCUGCUCCUCCCACCUGACUGUGGUCUCCCUCUUCUAUGGCACGGCCAUCUUCAUCUACAUCCGGCCUAAGGCCAGCUACGAUCCAGCCACUGACCCACUGCUGUCCCUCUUCUAUGCUGUGGUCACCCAUCCCAUCAUCUACAGUCUGCAGAACACCAAUGUCAGGGCUGCCCUCAAGAGAACCUUCCAGAAAAUGAGGCCUGCACAGACUUGA